UCCAUCACAAUCUAAUUAAUUAAAAUAUAAUGUCAUUCACUCUAGAGAACUUUGAUUUGGGAAACUUCCUAGCCUCUGAAGUAGAUGCAUUCAGCCAGACCGGUGCAAAUCUAAAGAAUCCCCAUGGAUAUGUAGAUUAUGACAACUUUCAAGACUUCUUAAGCCCACGCAACGGUCAGGAAUCAUUGGAUAGUGAUCUCCCUUACUCUUGGUUCGACUAUAAUAGAAACCAGCCACAAAUAAAGACAGAACCGAUCUCAGAUAUUGUACCAGUCGAGAGUCUACCACCAUCGAUGUUCUUCCAGCCACCUACUGCUUUCUCCCAGCCAGUUGAACAAUCAAAAGCACAGCCCCACGAGGAGGCACAAAAUGAGGCACAAGACGAGGCACAUGCACAGCCAGAGGAACUUCCACCUUCACCUUCGAUGCACCCAAAGGAUGAAGAUUAUAACAGCGAUGAGGAGAGUGAUGCCACUGCCAAGCCUACGCCAAAGAGAGCACCAAGAAGGUCGGCCGCAGCAGGUAAAUCAAAGCAAAAGGCAAUUGGUAGUCCAAAUGUCAUAGGUUCACCUCAGAAUAAGCGCAAAAGAUCUCUCACUCCUCUUCCAGCUACGAGUUCGAGACGCUCUUCUGUUAUGGAUACCGAGAUGCAAGAAUUAACAAAUAAUUCAACAAUUGAGCUUCCAAAAAUACAAAAGACAGCUCACUCUUCACAAUUCGUACCACCAGAUACCUCAAAUUUACCUAAACGUGAAGCUAGAUUACUCAAGAAUAGAGCAGCUGCUUUCUUGUCUAGACAAAGGAAACGCGAGGCGUUUGAACUCCUCGAGGAGAAAGUAAUCGACUUGGAAAAAGAGAAGCAACAAUUACAACUCGAGAGAGAUACGGCUAUCGCAGGCGAGCGUCGUAUGCUUGAAGAAUUGCGUCAAUUGCAGGCACAAUUUGGACAACCAAUGCAGCAAUGAAUGGACAAUUUUAACGAUAGCAAUUACGCUAUGUACAUUUAGCCUUUAUUUUUAACUUUCUCGCCCUUUUGAAGGAAAGUUUUUUAUUGUACUUUUUAAAAAUACAUAUGUGACGCAUUUUGG